AUGGCAGUUUCACCUUUCCUCCUACUUCGACUCCGCUCACACUUGACUAAACCAUUUCACCUCUUCAAUUUCUCAUUCUCCACCACCACACCGCCCAAGCCACCUCCAAUUCAAGUUUCUCUCACCGACUCAAUAGGUCGCGCCGUCUUCGCAACUCGCCCAAUCCCUACCGGUGAUCUCAUCCACACCGCCGAACCCGCCGUCUCCCAUCCCUCACCCUCCGCCCUUUAUCCCGUCUGCUACUCUUGCCUCACCAGACUCCCCGCCUCCCUUCCUCAACGCUUCCCCUUUUGCUCUCACCAUUGCCACCAACGCAGUAAGGAAUAUUACGAUGUUGAGAUGAAAGCGGAUUGGACAGAUUUUGAUAACUAUUGCCGGAACCAAGGUUUAAAAUAUCCCUUUUUGGUAAAGCGGUUGGUUUGCAUGGUCAUAUCGGGAGUUUCUAGAAGUGACAGUCUUGACAUACUUCAACCUGCCAAUUUGACACCUGAGAUGAUUUUAGAGAUGGAAAAAGGGUUCACCCUGCUAAGAAAUGCCUUCACAAAGACACUUAUUGCAGAUGAACAGAUUGCUUUUUUAACCAAGCAAUGGUACAUUGGUGUUUUGGCACGAAUCCGAAUCAAUGCAUUUCGCGUUGAGUUGGCUGGUGGUGGAUCAUAUGCAGAUCUUCUUUCUUCUGCAUUUGCAUCUGUAGAAGCUGAAGCUGCUGUUGGAAAUGCUGUCUAUAUACUUCCUUCCUUCUAUAAUCAUGAUUGUGAUCCUAAUGCACACAUUAUAUGGAUCGAUAAUGCAAAGGCAAAACUAAAGGCCCUCCGGGACAUUGAUGAAGGUGAAGAACUGAGAAUCUGCUAUAUUGAUGCCAGUAUGGACCGCGAUGCUCGGCGAGAACUAUUGUUUCAAGGUUUUGGUUUUCAGUGUAAUUGUAGUAGAUGCUUGCAUGGUGAUUAG